ACACACUGUAGCCGCUGCAGCUGAAAAAAUUUGUGUGUGCUUAAUUAUAAUUUCCGUUUAAAUUAUGAAUUAAUUAACACUCAACAUAACAUAGAUUAACCAUUGUCUUUUCAAGUCGAUAAGACGUAACGCAGCAGAAAACCUCAGAAGCAUGGCUGUGUUGGGCGCACAACUUGUCAUUACGCUGGUUAUGGUGAGCGUAAUACAAAAGCUUAAUCCCCACUACUCGUUCGCCAAGUGGAUUCUGUGCCGUACCGGACUCUAUCGCUAUCUGCAUCCAACAGACGACGAGUUACGCUCGAAAGCCGGCGUUCCCAAAGAGCGUCCGGCCAAGAGCAAACAUAAGCAAAAUGGUGUCGGCAGCAGCAGCGGCGGCGGCAGCAAUCAGUUCCACAUCCCACGCAACAUAGAGGUGGAGCUGGAAACAACGCCGGUGCUUGAGCGAGACGUGGUCCAUCUGCGCUACUUCACAGAAUAUCAGUGGCUUGUCGACUUUAGUGUCUAUGCUGGCAUAGUCUAUGUAUUCUCGGAGCUCUUCCACUACUUCUAUCCACUCAAGCAGGAAGUCAAUCUGAGCAUGGUUUGGUGUCUUCUAGUCAUAUUUUUUUCAAUUAAGCUGCUGUGUUCGCUUACCGUGCUGUACUUUCAAAGUGAGGAGUCUAUCGGUGAGCGGUCAAUGGUAAUUGUAGCUUGCCUGGUUUACUUGCUAAUUGCUAUGAUUGUGCUAAUAAUUGAUGAGCGAAUUUUGGAAACCGGUCUGGAGGAUGCAUACGCCAGUUUCAAUGCGAGCGCAUCAAAAUUUCUAACCGACCAGGGUCUGCCAUCGUCUGGACCAGCCUCUAAAAUUGUUGUGAAAUUCUUUCUGGCCCUAAGCUGCGGCCUACUCGGUUCAUUGUUCACCUUUCCCGGUCUGCGUAUGGCUAAAAUGCAUUGGGACUCGCUUAAAUACUGCUGCGGCAAUCGUGUGCUGCAAAUCCUAUUAAAUCUGAGCUUUGUGUUGCCAUUCAUUUUGGUCAUACUUUGGAUAAGGCCCAUUAGUCGCGACUAUUUGACGGUGCGUGUGUUCGAGGGCAUGCAACAACCUCUACUGAAGCCACAUGUUUUUGAGACGCUCCGUUUGCUGCUCGUGGUUUUUGUCGUGAUAAUGCGCUUUGCUCUUAUGCCCAUAUAUCUUCAAUCGUACCUGAAUCUCGCUUAUGAUAAAAUCGUCGAUCUGCGUAAGGAAGCCGGCCGGAUCACAAAUCUUGAGUUCCAGAAAAAGAUCUCUUCCAUAUUCUACUAUCUUUGCGUUGUGACCCUCCAAUUUGCCGCUCCACUAAUUCUAUGCCUGUAUCUGACACUCAUGUACAAGAGUCUCGGCGGCUUCAGCUGGGCGGGCAUCUUCAAGGACAGUGUAGUGUUGCAACAUGAAUGCGCGGCCGACGCAGCACCACAAUCGGUGGUAGAGGCGCCAGGCGCUGUUGCCGAACAAGAGUUCAACAUAUUGGAAUCGGCGCAGUCGUUGCAGGCUUCAUUUGCUAGUCUAAAAAAUGUAUUUUCGACGGAAGUCUACAAAGGUUUUCUCGGCUUUGCCACAUGGUGGAGCUAUUUUACGCUCUUUGCGACCUCCACGCUGGGCAUCGUUUAUCAGUCCUACUUUAACAAAACAUAAGACAUUCGCCGUUGAACCGCGCACACCAAAUAUGGUUGAGUUUUUUUUACACUUGUCACCACCAACAAAAACAACUUCACCGAAGUGUUGAGCAAUUAUGCUAAAUUAACGUAGUUAGAGAUUUUACUUUUCAAAUUAUAUUUAAGAAGCCCAUUGAUAUUGCUUUGUAGUGAGGCUAGAGUUCAAAAUUUGUGUGUUUUUACGUACAUAGGCCAUAAUGUAUUGUAAAUAAUACUAAUUUGUAUAUUGUUUAUAAAGUUUGUAAUAAAAAAAAUUUUAACCAGCAUAUCCAAAAAUUUAUGACUCCGAUGUGUUCAGUAUUUAGUUACUCAGAAGUAAUCAAAAAAUGUACUAUAUAGGUAUAAUUUUGUGUUUACAUUUUUUGCGUCCCAAUAAUCAGAACUUUCGUAAUUUUGUAAAUUAAAGUUGACAAUGAAUGGUUUCAGGAGACUAACUAAUAAUCCAUAAUUAAAACAGGAGU